AUGCACACAGCGACUAACUUUUAUUUGUUUAGCCUUGCUGUUUCUGACCUUAUACUUCUCAUGUGCGGAUUACCGAUCGAAGCAUAUCGUCUCUGGAAUCCACUUACAUAUCCAUUAGGAGAAGCAUUUUGUAUAACGUUGGGACUAGCAUCAGAGACAUCAGCGAAUGCUACAGUCUUAACAAUAACAGCGUUUACCGUGGAGAGGUAUAUAGCUAUUUGUCGACCUUUUAUGUCUCAUACGAUGUCGAAGCUAUCAAGAGCGGUGCGUUUUAUUAUAGCAAUAUGGAUAUGCGCUUUAUGUACAGCUGUGCCACAAGCGAUGCAAUUUGGCAUUGUGUUCUACGUUGAGAACGGCCAGAGCGUAAGUGCUUGCACAGUCAAGGGACCCGGUGUUCACCAAGUGUUUGUUAUAUCUAGUUUUGUGUUCUUCGUUGCACCAAUGUCAGUAAUUACUGUGUUAUACGUGUUUAUAGGAGUUAAGUUACGCACAUCUCGUGUUUUGCAUCCGACGAAAAAUUUAAGUACUAAUGGGUCGGAAAGAUUUAGUACUCACAUCAGAUAUCGUUACGGCACAUCGCAAAGAAGAGUGAUUAGGAUGUUGGUUGCUGUGGCGUUAUCUUUCUUCGUUUGUUGGGCUCCUUUCCACGUUCAACGAUUAUUGGCUAUUUAUGGCAAAAGUAUGGAUCAUCCCACAGACACAUUUUUCAUGGUGUACCUUGUUUUGACGUAUCUAUCCGGCGUGUUGUAUUUUCUUUCGACUGCGAUAAACCCAUUCCUUUACAACAUUAUGUCGAAUAAAUUCAGGAAUGCUUUUAAGACGACAUUGGCGUCUUGGUGCAGUCGUAGGAAUAGACCUAUGGGGCGCAUGUACAGCGCCCUGCUCGCGUCUCAAAGACAACGCGCUUUAGCCAAUGCAGCCGAACGAGCCACCAAACAACGCCAUCUACGUCGCCAUUCCACUGCUGUCACCCAAAUUUGUGACGCACCGCCGAGAGUGCAGUGUUACAACGGGCGAGAGUUAGCAGCAGUGAACGAAUUGCCGAGCGGUAACGGAUGUCGGCAUUGGCGGCUACGACUUGCGCUCGACGAACCUUCGGAUUCGAUCGGAUCUCCGCGCAGCAUAUCCAACUCCAGUUUGCGCGAAGUUGAUGAGGAACUGACCGGUGAAGAGCUUGCCACAUACCUGUACCAAGUCAAUUGUCAUAUAGGUGGACUCACCUGA